AUGAGGACUGCCAGUAGCUUCUUCGUGUUAGUUUCGACUGUUCUACUCUUUGCAAGCGCCAAAGCCGUCCGCCCCACUAAACAUUCAGAGAUGGCCACUACAGACAUCGACAAACAGAUUGAGCCAGCUAACAUCGGAAGCGAUCAACGUUUCCUGCGUGUUCACACAUCCGAAGCCGUCGAAGAGGGAGCGAAAGAUUUUGCGUAUAUUAACGAGGAGGAAGAGAGGACACGUUCUCAGGAGUGGGUUAAUAAGUGGAGCGCGAGGGCGGCAGAGUGGGUGGGGAAAGGACUUACGCGUGGACAGAUCGCGGAGAAGUACGGUAUCAAAAAGGGUCGUCGCACAGAUCCUCGAAGUAAAAAUAAGCAGAAGUACAAUCUGUUCCUUGCAGCUUCGCUGAAGAAGCACCCUGGCGGGAUUUAA